UUAGAAAUUUAGCAUAUCCCUCCCCUCCCUGUAAUAAUUAAAGAGCACAGAGUCUGUGGACCACCUCUCGUCGUUGUAACGCAAUAUCAGUCUGUACGGUGCUGGCUUCGAAGAUAAGAACACGGCCCUUUACCCUCUCUCGGCUCAGCAGAACACGACAUUCCCGCAUACACACCACAGAAGCAAAGCGAGCCUCAUUAGAUUUCUGAACUAGGAGAUCAAGAAGAAGAAAAAAACGAUGUCGUGGCAAACAUAUGUAGAUGAUCAUCUUAUGUGCGAAAUCGAGGGCAAUCAUCUCUCUGCUGCCGCCAUCAUCGGCCAAGACGGCAGCGUUUGGGCCCAGAGCGCCAACUUCCCUCAGUUCAAGUCUGAAGAAAUCACUGGCAUUAUGAGUGAUUUUCACGAACCUGGAACGCUUGCUCCAACUGGAUUGUACAUUGGUGGCACAAAAUACAUGGUGAUCCAAGGCGAGCCAGGAGCUGUCAUUCGGGGGAAGAAGGGCCCUGGUGGUGUUACUGUUAAGAAGACUAAUCAGGCCUUAAUAAUUGGUAUCUACGAUGAGCCAAUGACUCCAGGGCAGUGCAACAUGAUUGUUGAAAGGCUUGGCGAUUAUCUCAUUGAUCAGGGUCUUUAAUAUCUAUAUAUGUCCUUCUAUUUAUUGCAAUUUUCUUGGCUUCCAUACAAGCUUGCAUUUGCUUACCAGCUGUCAGAACGGCUAAAUGCAGAGAAAUAAUGUUAUGAAAUAUUAAAAGUCAAGGAAAACACUGUGUGGAAAGAAAAGGUUUGGUGCUUGUUAAAGUGAAUUGAUAUGCUGAUCAUUUUGUUGUUGUACUAGUUUGAUUAUGGUAUUGGAUGAUUGCCGAGUGAAAUACUUUGUCUAAACUACAGUGGAUUUCAUCUGAUGGAUGUGGUAAUUUGAUUGGUAUAAACUUUCAAGUAAUUCUGUCUA